AUGGCACCAACCGCACAGCACUUCCGCCGCAGCGCACGGAAUUUCCGCGCCUGGCUUGAGCGGGGUGAUGACGCUGAUGCGGACGAUGUGUUUACGGAUGCAGCGCUGCGAGAGAGGCUGUCGAAUCCGCUGAGAUUCCUGGAGGUGCCGCUGGAGAGCGGCGCUGUAGCGCUGCCACCAGAGGCCAAGUCUCUCGCGGAGCAAGCGGCGCCCCAGCUGGGUGUGUCGCGGGAGGUUGCGCAGGACUUGGUUGGGCUUCUAGCAGAAGACCGACUCGGCAGCCUCGUGCUGCAUCUGGAGGGCAGCGUCUUUGACCUCUUGGACCUUAGUCCGGCAGGAGCUUUGCCAUCUCUCACCAACCUGCUGCAUGCGGAGCGUUGCGAGGCAUUGCAGGCCUUAGCCGUGGUUCUCCGCGGCGCGCAUGAUGAUAGCCAUCCCUUUGCAGCGCAAUGCCGGGAGCUCGCGCAGAAGCUUUUGUCAGAGGACUUGGAGAGGAAGCUCUGGGACGUCUAUGUCAAGGUCUCUGCCUGCCCUCGCUUUUCCUCGUCCCCGGAACACGGGGAGGUGGAGACCGUGGUGAAGCAGGGACUCGAGCUGCAGCUCUGUGUCCUGGAGUGUCUUUUGCUGGCGGGCUACGACUCCCAGAUCAGCAGGAGCGACCCGGAGCAGAUCUGCCGUAUAGCAGAGGAGUGCUACCGGCAGCGCUUUCUGGGCAGCCUCCCGCGCGCUGCACACCACCAUCACUGGUUGUUGGGCGAUGCAGAGAUUUGCGUGCAGGCGCAGUGCGUGGGGGACCUCUGCUUGGCGUUACUCAUAGAGCAGCUGGGCCUGGAAGGCCUGAAUCAGGCCAUGCAUCGACAUCCUUUAUUGUCUAGCCCGGAGCACAUGCAGCACCUGCACAAGCUGAUCGAAGGCUCGUGGCUGGAGGUCUGCCGCGUGGCCGAGCCCUCCGCGGCCGCGCACUGCGGGCGCCACGUGGCGCUGGUGGUCUUGGGAUGGGCGGUGCUUCUGGCAAGCGCUCCAGAGACAUUCAGAGAGGCCCACGGCCUCGGCUUGAAGCGGCUCUUCUCCAGCGCCGUCUUCCAGGCGCCCCAUUUGCUGCAGGACGCCGUGCGGCGCAUCCAGGAUCGAGGCUUCCUCGCAUGUGACAGCCGCAAUGCCAAGCACCUGGCGGCCCGAUCGGUGCUGAGGGGCAUGGUCUCCGUGUCGACGGUGGCCCUGCGCCUGGACGGGCCAAUGGCGCCCAUCCACGGGGCGCUCUCCAAGAUGGCCAGCAUGGCCUUCGCUGGGGACCCGCCUGCUUGCCUGGAGUUCUGGAGGUCCGACUACCCGAAGCGCGAGGGCGUCUUUGCGGUGCUGCACGCCUGGCUCACAUGCUUUCCCAGGGGCCUGGCGUGUCUCCUGGAGCUGCUGGACGGCCUGGCCCAGGGCUUCGGCGCGCUCUACACCUGUGAGCUCAUGCAGGCACCUUUGAACAUGAUGCAGUUGCCCUACCGCAUGCUCAAGCAUGCUGCAGACUUUGAGGAAGCGCCGGCUUCCUCCACUUUCCUGCAGCGGGCACCGUUGGUGCUACGAGAGCCAGUGUAUGUCGAGGAGCUGGCCCUUCGCGUGUUGGGUCUGGAACUUCCGGAGCGGCACGUGGCCAGCUGCGCUGUGCUGCCUGCUGGCUCCCGGGGGGUGCUGGAGCAUGACAGGCCAGAUCCAGACCUUAGCCCCCGAGCCUCGCAUGCUCACAUGGUGCGCUGGACUCUGCCGGCUGGGGUCUCCAUUUGGCGAGUUGCCCUGUGCGCUUGGGAUGCGAUCUUGGGUGCCAAGCAGCGAAGCGCUGAUGACCUGGAGUUGCUGAAGCAAAUCACCAGGUGCUUAAGCCAAGUGCUCAUUGACAGCCCAGAGAGUCUCGACCAUUUCCUCAAGGAUUUGCCUGGAGACGAGCAGGGGAGCUGUCAGGGGGUAGUGGCCAGGUUGCUGGCCUCUCUCUUUGUGCUGCGUGAGUCGGCCCUGGCGCCCUUGCGCGCCCUGGCCAAGUGCUGCACGGACCCCUCCGCGGCCCGGGCGCUGCUGCGGCUGGAGGGCGUGCCCAACCGCAGCAGUGCCGAGCUGGUGGCGUUGCUGGCAGGCAUUGCCGAUGCCGAGCGCCAGGCAGGUGCCUACCCGGCCACCUGUGCGGCACUGGAGAUGAUCCGGAACGUGUUCCAGGCGUGUCCUGUGGAGCUUUGGUCGCUUCCCUUGGACGUGCAUGACAGCCUGGGGCUUCCCAGCUUCACCAAGCCAGGCGCUCCAACUUCCGGGGGGCCUUCUGGAGAGGUGCUGGGGCCGUUGCUGGACUUUGUCUUCGGCACCUUCUCCCGCUGCGGCUUUUGGCCGUGCCGCUCUGUGGGGCAGCGCCUGGCGGUCUCCCAGGGCUGCCUGCAGGUGGCCAUGGCACUACUUCCGGCUUUGGAGUGUUUCAAUUGGCCUGAAGUGGUGCGGCACAGCUCGCAGGACACCAGCCUAGCGCGGACCCUGCAGACGCUGCGGGAGCUGCAGAUCUCGGUGCUGCGCUGUUGGGGGGAGGUCUCCUUCGUUCAGACCUUGCUGCAGUCCAUCCAGUGCGAAAUUGCCUAUGGACCUGCUGGCAAAGAUGAGGGCCGCCGCUUUGUUGGCUUCCGCAGCCCGGCGCUGGAGGUUGAGGUGCAGAGUGCGCCAGACGUGCUGGGGACUGGCGGUGUAGUGCCAACGACAGGUGCUCAGCUUCUUUCAACGGCCCUGCAGUGCUUUCACGGCCUAGUUCGCCUCUUCUUGGGGCCGGCGGGCUUUGCGCCGCACUAUCAGCCCUUGUUGCAGCACCUUUUGGCCCUCACCACCACCAGGGAGUCUUUGGGCCCAUACUCGAGCACAGAGGCGCUGCCACUGCGAAGGGCGGAUCUGGUGCAGUCGCUCUACGCCCACAUUUGCUGCCAAGAGACGCCGGUGGCGCAGUGGGGCACCGAAUGCAUGGCGAGCCUCUGUGCACUCUGGUGUCGUGCAGAGAUGCGACACGCUGGGCAGGCAAAGCCUGGAGGCAGAGGCCUUCUGUUGGCAUGCCUGUCGGUGCCCUCAGAGGCGCAAAAGCACGGCCUUGUGCUGCACCUUGCGAAGCGGCUUCUAGCAGUCCUACGCGAUCCAGCGCAGGCGGUGGAUUUCCGGAGUGCCUGCGCGGACCUUUGCCGUGCAGCUUUGGUCUCGCAGCCGGGGCUGCUGCUGGAGGCGAAGGAGGAGCUGCUGCCCAGUUGCGUUGCUGCUGCGGCAGAGACCCUGGCUGAACUGAGCGAGGCACCCGUGGGCGAGGAGAAAGCCAGACUCUUCUUUGCCUCGCUGACUUUGCUGGACGACGUGGCCGCUCUCGGUGAUGAGAUCCUGCCCCACCUGGACAAGUCGGUUGAGGUGAAAAUCCUGAAGCCCCAGCGAAGUGUGUCGCACGACUCAACGUGGAAGCUUCUGCGGAAGGUGUUCGAAGACGUUUUGCAGCCGUGGCUGUCGUCAGGGGACUGCAAGGCGCACCUCUGCAUGGCGGCGGUUCUCCGGCUCGCGGAGCGUGGCGCUGGCAAGGGGCACAAGGACCUCAAAGAGUUGAUGAAGCAGCUCCUCACUGCCAAGACUUUGGGAAUGCUCAACCCGGAUGGCCUCCAGGAGGACUCGCCUGAUGGGAGCGGUGCAGGCGUCCGGCCAGAGCUCCAAAGAGAGGUGAGCUUCGGCGUGUUUCUACGCGGUCAGGCCUUCGCCCCGGCCGGUGGUGACUUUGAGAUGCUGCAGCAUCCUUAUGGAGAUCCUUCCAGUGAGACUGAAGGCGUCUGCCAGCGCUUCCAAGGGCUUCUGGCACAGCUGGAGCUCCGCCAGGAGGUGAUUGCGCCCAGCACCUCCGCUGCCGGCAGUGAAGCGCUUGCCUCCGGAUGGCUCCCCGGCAGCGGCGGCAGCUCAGGUGCGGUGGCGCAGGACCUGGCCGCGCGGCUGGAGGCCAAAGGCCGCCCCAGCGUUCCCGCCUGCUUCCGAUGCUGGGGGGAGCUUUGCGAGGUCGCUUGCGGCGGCGCCUUAGAGCCGAGGGUCUCCCGGGCCCAUUCCCUGCCGCUCGAGCGCAUAGGAUGCUUUGGUAGCAGAGGCACGGUGGCACAGGCCCACUGUGGCUCGGACAUUGUGGACGGCUUCGUUGCAAGCAGCGCGCUUUUGCCGUUGCACGUGCCCACAGUGCGCUUGGCGGCCGCUUCUGCCUCUGCCGCCGGUCUAAGUCGCGGCCAGCGAGGGUGCUGUGAUCCAAAUGACCCGGUCAUGCAGGCGCUGCGAUCCUUGAUCUCGGAGCUUCCGAAGGUCUCCAGCACUCAAGCCUUCCAGGCGGCCAACGCCUUGGCUCUGGAGGCCUUUGACGAUCUGGCAAAGGUGGCCGCGCGCCUGGCGCGGCAGGACACAGAGCUCGGAGGAGUUUUUGCGCCGCUGGUGUGGAGCCUGACCCACCAGCUCCAUCGCAGCAUGCGCAAUCUCGCAGAACUCAUGGAGAAGCCUCAACUUCUUGCGCGACUACUGGCGCUUGCCAGCCAUUUGUUUGCCUUGCCACCGCAUGGGGCGGCCUUGGCAGCGCCCGGGCAGGCUUACGGCGCCUUUGCAGCCUUGGCGGCAGGUGAAGGCCACAGAGGUCAGCUGCAUGCGAUGUUGUCCCACGAGACGCCAGCUGGAUUGGCCCUGGUGGCCCAGCUUUGCGUGGCCCUGCGCAGCGGUUUACAAAAGAUGCGGCACCAGCUGCUGCCGCCCCGCGCGGCAGAUAUGCUUGCAUCUGCGGGCCUGAUGGUAGCUGGAGCUGAGGCACACGAAGGAGUCCUCGGCCACUCCACUGACGGAGCUUAUGCGGAGGUUGUGCUGCACGCGACGUCGCUGCUCUUGCAGCUGGUGCCUGCACUGGGUCAUCCUGCUUCACAGCAGAGCUCCUUGCAGGCAACGCCUCUGCUGACAAGCCUCUUGGAGGUGCUGGGACAGCUUUUCCAGUUCCUCAUCGCCUCAGAGCAGGCGCGGGAACGAUGGCGCCAGAACCAGGUAGCAGCUGCCGCGGCGAAGCUAGCGGGCGACUUGGCUGUUCCAGAGGUGGCGAAGGAUGAUAGACCAGGCCCUGUUCCCGGUUGGCCAGCACGCGCUCCUGUGGGCGCCGGCGGGCCUACCGUCCAGGUGCUCAAGACGCCUGAAGAUGCGGCAGUAAGGCAGGCCUCGGAGAUGCAGGCCGAGAAGUUCGACCAGAUUCUGCACAGCGGUUUCAGCAGUUUGGUCUUCGCCCUCACGGAGAAGACGCUGGCGGCCCUGAGGGCGCGCCAAGGCGAAUCCGGGCAGGACGCAGCCAGCGAUCAACUGCACCAUGCCUCCCUGGCCUUGGUUGAACUGAGAGUGAGAUCCCUGAAGAGGAGCGUGGAUCUCAUGCCCAACUUCUUUCUAAGCUUUCAGGUGUUCAAGAUGGCUGGGUACGCGCCGGUGGUCCCAAGGAAUGAUGAGCCCAUCACCUCGGCCUCGGACAGCGUCAGCGUCAGCCAAUUCCCUACCUUGACGAGGUAUAUCAUGGGCAAAACUGGCGACAAGGAGCUGGCCAUCCUUUUGAUGGCCCUGCAGCUCGCCUGCAAGGCUACCUCAAGGGCCUGCAACAAGGCUGGCAUUGCGAUGCUCUUUGGCCUGGCCGGAGAAGUGAACUCCACUGGUGAUGACCAGAAGAAGUUGGAUGUGCUUUCCAACGAGAUCUUUAUUGAUGCCCUGACCAACUGCGGUGCGUGCGCAGUUUUGGUUUCAGAGGAGAACGAGGAGCCUAUCUUCGUUCCUGAGGACAAGGCCGGCCGCUUUGUGGUGGCCUUCGAUCCCCUAGAUGGCAGCAGCAACAUCGACUGCAACGUCAGCACAGGAACCAUCUUUGCAGUUUACGAGAAGACCUCGGCGAAGGGUGCCACUGUGGAUGACAUUCUGCGGACAGGGAAUGACAUCAUGGUGGCCGGCUACUGUAUGUACGGCGCCGCCACUGAGCUGGUCAUCACGUUUAAAGGUCAUGGCGUGCACCGCUUCACCCUGGACCCAUCUCUGGGCGAGUUCGUCCACAUCCAGGCGCACUUGAAGCUCCCGGAAGGCGGAGGCAAGAAGAUCUACAGCUGCAACGAAGGCAACAGCCUCAACUGGGAUGCCGCAAUCAAGAGCAUCAUUGCGAAGUGGAAGGAGACCGACAAGCCCUAUGCCGCGCGGUAUGUCGGAUCCAUGGUGUCCGAUGUGCACCGAACGAUUCUCUACGGUGGGGUCUACCUGUACCCGGCCGAUGCCAAGUCUCCCCUGGGGAAGCUUCGCGUGCUCUAUGAGGGCUUCCCCAUGGCCUUCAUCGUGGAGCAGGCUGGCGGUGCCGCCUCCUGCGGCAUGUUCAAGGGUCAGAUCCAGAGGCUUUUGGACAUCGUGCCGAAAUCCAUCCACGAGAAGUGCCCGGUGAUCAUUGGCUGCCAUAGAGAUGUGGAAGCUGUGCUGGCCGAGUACAAGGCCCAGGGCCUUUGCUAG